CAAACUUGUUAACUUUGAAUAUCAGCUAGACGUUAAUCCUGCGGCAGAAAUAACAUAAUAGUUAGUUGUGCUGCCCCCAAAGUUGGACCUCGUUUUUUCUCUUUUUGAGAAAACAAUAACACCAAAAAUAAAUCAGAACGACUUUCCCUGCUGGGUUCACCAGAAGAUUCGGUCUUUGUGAGGUACUGGUGUUACUAUGUCCAUGCCGCUACGAGAUAGCCGAUCCUAUCUCACAAACGACGGAGAGGGAUGUUGGAAAAGAAAAACUGGUCUUGAGCAAAAACUUACAAUUCUCCUCGGAAUUUUUCUUGUCGUCACAAUAUCUCUGGUUAUAGCGGUCUCGGCUGUAGCCGUCAAAUACAGGAGCAUAUCUGCUUCACAACCAACUGAGAUACCACCUAAGCCUUCAGCCGUUAUAUGUAAUACAACAGGCUGUAAAAACACUGCUUUGGAGUUAGAGAGGGCAAUGAACACUAACGUCCAUCCAUGUGAUGACUUUUACGAAUACGCAUGCGGAGGAUGGAUUUCUUCACAUAAAAUUCCCGAGACUAAGAGUCGAUACGGUACCUUUGAUCAGCUGCGAGAAAAUCUCUCCAACGUCAUUGUGGCUCUGCUUGAAAAUACUACUGACAGUAAAUCAGCCGUGGGGAAGAGUAGAAAUAUCUACCAUGCUUGCAAGGACGAAGCAAAGCGCGAUGAAUUGGGAAUUGAUCCUCUUAUAAAUCUGUUGGAAAAAUUUGGAGGAUGGCCGCUCAACGACUCAGAACAAGGAGAAAUAGGAUCUUACACAUGGACUAAACAUAUUCCAGAGAUUAGAAAACAGCUCAGUGUUAACAUAAUGAUGUCGUUCUACGUGCAUGCAAAUCCGUAUAACACUAAGGAACAUAUAAUCUAUUUGGACCAACCUUCAUUUGGAAUAGGCCAACGACAACUGAUGGAGCCAGAUAACGAAAAUAACCGGAAAAUUAUUGAUGCUUAUAAAAUAUACAUCAAAGAAAGUUUGAAAAUUUUGAAAAAGGAAAACAACUCUGAAGAGUUUGAUAGUCUUGCAGAAGAAAUAUUUAAAUUCGAAUCAGAUUUAGCCAAGCAUAGCGUAUUACCAGAAGAUAGACGUGACCCGAGAAAAGUUAACACCAUAAUGAAAGUAUCCGAUAUAAGUAAAAACAUUACAGAUAUUGAUUGGGAGAGUUUUUUAAACGCUUAUCUGCCGGACAGCAUGGAAAAUAUCACAUCAGAUAGUGAGGUGAACGUGCGAGACAUUGACUUGAAGUACUUGAGAGGACUCGCUCUUGUUAUAAAAAACAAUACCAAUAGUGUUAUAGGAAACUAUGUUGGAUGGAGACUGGUGCAAGUACUUGGUCCUCUCACAACGGAAGAGUUUCGUAAAAUUGAGUUUGACUUCAAAAAGGUUACGCAAGGAGUACAGGAACUCGAGAGUUUGGAGCUUGUUUGUGCCAACCUUGUCAACUCUUUGAUGCCCGAAGCUGUAGGCCGAUUGUACGUCGAAGAACAGUUCAAAGCACAAUCCAAACAAGAGACAAAACUUAUGGUUGAGGAGUUGCAUGAGGCGUUUAAAGUAUUGGUGAGAUUGAAUGACUGGAUGGACGUUAAAACAAAAGAGGAUGCUCUUAAUAAGGCAGACCAGAUGAUUGACAACAUUGGGUACCCAGAAUGGAUAAAAAAUGAUGAUGAGUUAAAUAAAUAUUUUGAAGAGAUCAAGGAUAUUUCAACCGAAAACUUUUUUAAUGAUUACAUCAAAAUAUUAGGAGUUUUAUCAGUAGAAGGUCUCAAGCAGUUGGAUAAACCAUACGACCGUGAAAAGUGGAUAACUGGAGCUGCUGUUGUCAAUGCUUUUUACAGUCCCCUGGCUAACUCCAUUUCUUUUCCUGCAGGAAUUCUCCAAACUCCUUUUUUCUCGAGUGACAGACCCGUGGCGAUGAAUUUUGGAGGAAUUGGAAUGGUGAUUGGACAUGAAAUAACACAUGGUUUUGACGAUCAAGGUAGCCUUUAUGAUGGUGAAGGAAAUAUCAAACUCUGGUGGACCAAAGAUACCCGAGAAAAGUUUGACGAAAGGGCCAAGUGUUUUAUUAAUCAAUACAACAACUAUAAAGAUGACACCACAAAGCUGAAUCUGAACGGGAAAAAUACUCUCGGUGAAAAUAUUGCUGACAACGGAGGAUUAAGAGAAGCUUACAAAGGUUACCAAACCUAUGUUUUCAAGUAUGGGGACAAAGCCAAAAAUUACAGAUUACCAGGAGACAAGUUUAAAGAUAUUACACCUGACCAGCUCUUCUUUCUGGCAUUUGCUAAUGUUUGGUGUAGCAAUGCCCGUCCUCAGUACAUAGAAAACAUGAUCCAGUAUGAUACCCAUAGCCCACCGAAGUACAGAGUUUGGGGCCCUCUGUCCAAUUUUGAACAGUUUGCUCAGACUUUCAACUGUAAAGAAGGCGACACAAUGGUUAAACCAGCAAAAGAUCGGUGCGCCAUCUGGUAAGGGUGUUUGGAAUAAGGUCAAGGAAAACUUAGAAAUACUGGCUGGACACAACGGAAAUCACUAACCAACUUGAAAGCAGAUUAUCAGAAUAAGAAGAAAAAGUUAAAAGCUGUAAAUUAGCAGUUUAAAAUAAAGUUUUAAAGCUUCUUGCCGAAAA